GCCGCCUCCCCCCUCUUUUCCUCCUAACAAUGGUCUGAACCAAGCUCUGCUUCCCAAAGCAAAAUUUGUAAUAUGCCAUUUUUCCCAUGGACGCUUUCCCUUUUGGCUGCUGACGAAGUGGCCGAAGAAAAUGCCGAGGUGCCAUGCAGAUAUUCCUGUCCGGCGACGGGCGCUGGGGCUUCGGUUUUCUCUGAGCAACGCCUGUGUCAUCGUUGCUAGGAAGAUGCUCCAGGACUGCCCAGCUGUGUGAGCCCCCAUCAAAGCCGGGAGAGACUGCGGUUGUCAUUGAUCAACGGAAUAAGCAGACGCCGAAGUAAAAGCCACUAGAAAUGAUGUGUGAAGUGAUGCCAACGAUAAAUGAGGACACCCCAAUGAGUCAACGGGGGUCCCAGAGUAGCGGGUCGGACUCGGAUUCUCACUUUGAACAACUGAUGGUGAACAUGCUAGAUGAAAGGGACCGCCUCCUUGACACCCUUCGGGAGACUCAGGAAAGUCUGUCGCUUGCACAGCAACGCCUUCAGGAUGUCAUCUACGACAGAGACUCCCUUCAGCGACAGCUCAAUUCAGCCCUGCCACAGAUGACGGUUGCUGCUGGUACGAGCAUUGAGAAUAACAUUCAAAGGACCAUAUCCUGCCCUAAUGAAUUUGCUGCACUGACAAAAGAGUUAAAUGUGUGUAGGGAGCAACUGCUUGAAAAAGAAGAAGAGAUUUCAGAACUGAAGGCUGAAAGAAACAACACAAGACUGUUACUGGAGCAUUUGGAGUGCCUUGUUUCAAGACAUGAAAGGUCUCUGAGGAUGACGGUAGUGAAACGGCAAGCACAGUCCCCCUCAGGAGUUUCAAGUGAAGUUGAAGUUCUCAAAGCACUGAAAUCUUUGUUUGAGCACCAUAAGGCUUUGGAUGAAAAGGUAAGGGAACGACUGAGGGUUUCUUUAGAAAGAGUCUCUGCACUGGAAGAAGAACUAGCUGCUGCUAACCAGGAGAUUGUAGCUUUACGUGAACAAAAUGCACACAUUCAAAGGAAAAUGGCAUCUGGAGAAGGGCCUGCUGAAUCAGAACAUAUUGAAGGAAUGGAGCCAGGGCAAAAGGUUCAUGAAAAGCGCCUAUCAAAUGGCUCUAUAGACUCAAACGAUGAAGCCAGUCAAGUUGUGGAACUACAGGAACUGCUCGAGAAGCAAAAUUAUGAAAUGGCACAAAUGAAGGAACGUUUGGCUGCACUAUCUUCCCGAGUGGGGGAGGUAGAGCAGGAAGCAGAGACUGCCAGGAAGGAUCUAAUUAAAACAGAAGAAAUGAACAGUAAAUAUCAAAGGGACAUUAGAGAGGCUAUGGCACAGAAAGAAGAUAUGGAAGAAAGAAUCACUACCCUUGAGAAGCGGUAUCUCAGUGCACAGAGGGAAUCCACCUCCAUACAUGACAUGAAUGAUAAACUGGAAAAUGAACUGGCAAAUAAGGAGGCCAUUUUGCGUCAGAUGGAAGAAAAAAACAGACAGCUGCAAGAACGUCUUGAGCUCGCUGAACAGAAGCUGCAACAGACAAUGCGGAAGGCUGAGACCUUGCCUGAAGUGGAGGCUGAACUGGCUCAGAGAAUUGCAGCACUGACGAAGGCCGAAGAAAGACAUGGUAACAUUGAAGAACGUAUGAGACACUUGGAAGCUCAACUUGAAGAAAAGAAUCAGGAACUGCAAAGAGCAAGACAAAGAGAGAAAAUGAAUGAGGAGCACAACAAAAGAUUAUCAGAUACUGUAGACAGACUUUUGACAGAAUCCAACGAGCGCCUGCAACUACACUUAAAAGAGAGAAUGGCAGCACUUGAGGAAAAGAACGUUCUAAUUCAGGAAUCUGAAAGUUUCAGGAAGAACCUGGAAGAAUCUUUACAUGACAAGGAAAGAUUGUCAGAAGAAAUUGACAAACUGAGAUCUGAACUUGACCAGUUGAAAAUGAGGGCUGGCUCUCUGAUUGAACCUACAUUGUCAAGAUCUCACCUUGACACAUCAGCAGAACUGAGGUAUUCUGUGGGUUCCUUGGUUGAUAGCCAAUCCGACUACAGAUCAACUAAAGUGAUAAGGCGACCCAGAAGAGGUCGUAUGGAGGUCCGGAGAGAUGAACCAAAGGUGAAAUCUCUUGGGGAUCAUGAGUGGAACAGAACUCAGCAGAUUGGAGUCUUGAGCAGCCACCCAUUUGAAAGUGACACCGAAAUGUCUGAUAUUGAUGACGAUGAUAGAGAAACUAUUUUUAGCUCCAUGGAUCUUCUGUCACCAAGUGGGCAUUCAGAUGCCCAGACUCUGGCCAUGAUGCUUCAGGAGCAACUAGAUGCAAUCAACAAAGAAAUAAGGUUAAUCCAAGAAGAAAAAGAAUCAACAGAACUGCGUGCUGAAGAAAUAGAGAACAGAGUUGCCAGCGUCAGUCUAGAAGGCUUGAAUCUGGCUAGAGUUCACCCAGGUACAUCUAUCACUGGAUCAGUGACAGCUUCAUCACUUGCAAGCUCUUCUCCUCCCAGUGGGCACUCAACCCCUAAACUCACACCUCGCAGUCCAGCCAGAGAAAUGGAUCGCAUGGGGGUCAUGACACUGCCAAGUGAUCUAAGGAAACAUCGACGAAAGAUUGCAGUGGUAGAAGAAGAUGGACGUGAAGAUAAAGCCACAAUAAAAUGUGAAACCUCUCCUCCUCCAACACCCAGAGCCAUCAGGAUGACUCAUACCCUUCCUUCUUCAUACCACAAUGAUGCCAGAAGUAGUUUGCCUGCUUCACUAGAGGCAGAAAGUAUUGGUCUCGGCAGUGCCAGUAGCAGCCAGGACUCCCUACACAAAGCUCCCAAGAAGAAAGGAAUCAAGUCUUCAAUAGGACGUUUGUUCGGUAAAAAAGAGAAGGCUCGACUUGGACAGCUCAGAGGUUUUAUGGAAACAGAGGCUGCUGCCCAGGACUCUCUGGGGUUAGGCAAACUGGGAACUCAAGCAGAAAAAGACCGAAGACUAAAGAAAAAGCAUGAACUUCUGGAAGAAGCUCGGAGAAAGGGAUUGCCUUUUGCACAGUGGGACGGGCCUACAGUGGUUGCGUGGCUGGAGCUGUGGUUGGGAAUGCCUGCGUGGUAUGUUGCUGCUUGCCGUGCAAAUGUGAAGAGUGGAGCCAUAAUGUCUGCUUUGUCUGAUACUGAGAUUCAAAGAGAAAUUGGAAUCAGCAACCCUCUCCAUCGCUUAAAGCUCCGACUAGCAAUCCAGGAGAUGGUAUCACUUACAAGUCCAUCAGCUCCUCCCACUUCUAGAACACCCUCAGGCAAUGUUUGGGUGACCCAUGAAGAAAUGGAAAAUCUUGCAGCUCCAGCCAAAACGAAAGAAUCUGAGGAAGGCAGCUGGGCCCAGACCCUUGCUUAUGGUGAUAUGAACCAUGAAUGGAUUGGUAAUGAAUGGCUCCCCAGUCUGGGUUUACCUCAGUACCGAAGUUACUUUAUGGAGUGCCUGGUAGACGCAAGGAUGUUAGAUCAUCUGACGAAGAAAGAUCUCCGCGUACAUUUAAAAAUGGUGGAUAGCUUUCAUCGAACAAGUUUGCAGUACGGUAUCAUGUGCUUAAAGAGGCUGAAUUAUGACAGAAAAGAACUGGAAAGAAGAAGAGAAGUGAGUCAGCAUGAAAUAAAAGAUGUAUUGGUCUGGAGCAAUGAGCGAGUCAUACGCUGGAUACAGGCUAUUGGACUACGAGAAUAUGCAAAUAACGUCUUAGAAAGUGGCGUACACGGGUCACUUAUAGCCCUGGAUGAAAACUUUGAUUACAGCAGUUUAGCUUUAUUAUUACAGAUUCCAACACAAAACACCCAGGCACGGCAAAUCCUUGAGAGAGAAUACAACAAUCUUUUAGCACUAGGAACUGAGAGACGACUUGAUGAAAGCGAUGACAAGAACUUCAGACGUGGCCCUUCCUGGCGAAGACAGUUUCCUCCACGUGAGGUCCAUGGAAUCAGCAUGAUGCCUGGCUCUUCAGAAACACUUCCAGCUGGAUUCAGAUUAACUACAACAUCAGGGCAGUCACGAAAAAUGACAACAGAUGUUGCUUCAUCACGAUUGCAGAGGUUAGACAGCUCUACAGUUCGCACAUACUCAUGUUGACAAGGCUAGCAAAGAAGCCAGCACUGAAUUGCUAUAUCAUCUCUUUCUUCUACUUUACCUGAAGUGCACUACCACUAUUUUGGGGAAAAGGAGCAGUAAAGGUCUCUUCAAGAACAGGGUAAUAGGGAAGAGAACACAAAGUUUUAUCAAGCUAAAAAAAUGUGAUGUUCUUUUCAUGUAUUAAGUUAUUGGUUAGUUUAAUACAAGAGUAAUAAAAUACCUAAAUCAUUUUAAAAACAAAAAAACCAAAGCAUCUCUCUCAUCAUAAAUUUGGCAGUAGUGCACAACCAAGGGUUUUAUCCAGUGGAGCCACUCAUUUUUACAUUGUUCAUCAGUUUUAUUGUAAUAUACCAGCCAUCUACGUAUUUACUGUGUAUUUCUUUUAAAAUGUGUAUGUAAAGGGAUAUAAAUAUGAUUUUUUUAAAAUAAAAUCUAUGGUACAUGGGGUCUCAGUGCAGACACUUGACAACACAGUGUCAACAAUACUGUUUGUAUCUUUCCAUUCCACCAUUUUUACAGUUUUUUGAUUGUAACAGUCAAAUUAAUAUGUUUAGCAGAGUUAGACGCUUCAACCCGUUCCUACUUAAAGAUCUGUCAAUAUUUAAAGCUGAACACCUGCCUCUGAUGAUGUAUAAAAGGAUGAUUUAAACUGGAACUGGAGCCAAAAUGGACCUAUAAAGUCAAGGAGAAACAUCAGAUACUUGUAAUACCUGUAGAAAAGCACUGUGAUGGCUCUCCUUUUAAAAACAAAAACAAAACUGUUUACAAGAGUCAAAAGCAAUUACCGAAAAAUUAUGUAUUAAAAAAAAACAAACGUUCUCCUGUGUUACCUGUGGAACAAGAGCCAUCUUUUUGUUCCAAGAUCUUCAGAUGCCAGCCAGCGUGGGAUGUAAAAAUCUGAACACUGCAAAGAAUCUGAUGUUCAAGUUUUCUAUUAAAAAAUGCCAAACUCCACCAUUUCUUCAUUGUAACAGGGCAUUAGACAAAUUCCUGUCUAACGUUAUGCUUUUAGCCAAGAUGGCCUUGCUGAGACUUCUUGGAAGUCAGUUUUAUCAGAGGAAAUAACUGAAAGACAGAAUGGUAAUAUAUAGUGUAUAAAAGUUUAGAAGAGCAAUUAUUACCUACUGUGGCUUUAUUUGGUGGUGUUAGUGUUGUUUAUUCUCUGUUUAUAUGGGAAGUUUCAAAGUAAGACCAAUUUAAUAAUGUCAUUGACCUAUUUGCUAAUUUUCUGCUGCUUGAUACUAUCUCAAGAUCUGUCUUUUAGUUAUUUCUUUUAGCAUUUUGAUCUGCAAUGUUUGCACGUACCUAAACAUUUGUUUUAUUGUCUAUUUUCAUUUGACAGAUUUCAGUCAAUCAAAUGGUGACAGAUUUUUCUCCCCCCUUGUCAAUAAAAAUGUUCAGUGCUAUUUGUGUUUAAUAUCUAUAAGGCUGGAUAUAUGGUAGCAUGGAAAAGCAGUUUGGAUGACUGGCACAUCUCAAAGCAUAAGAAAUUUUUCCCAGGCAGAGACUGUUAUCAACAUGAGCUUAAUAUUGAGUUUGCCACUAGAGGGAGAACUACACUUGCUUAUUUGUAGGAUAUGGUGAAUUUGAUCAAAUGUCAAGACAAUAAAGCUAAAGACAUUACUUCAAAUUCCUCAGGCUUAACUAGCUUUCAUGUUAAUGUUUUCCCCCCUUUUGAUUGUUUUAGUGAAAAAAUGUAAAUAAGUAAAAACAGUGCAAACUCCAACA